AAUAUUUUGUUUUUACUUUGGGCGAGAGAAGUUCGACAAAGGUUUUAAUCCAAUGUAGUACCUAUUCAAAGUUUUCAAGGGAUACAUUUAUCACGUUGAGUCCAGUACAAAACCAAUUUUUUAUGAUAAAUCGAUUAUCGAUUUCACUUGAUAUAAAACUAAGUAUAGUAAAUUAUUUUAUACAGAUUUUAUAUAUAAAUCUUAAAAUCGCUUAUUUUUACCAGAAAUUUUCUAAUAAAAUUUGUAUCUCAACAUCUGCAUCUUUUAUCCCAUUAUCAGAAGCCUUUCUAUACCAAUUAAUUGCCUUUUCAAUAUUAAUUCUAGUUCCUACACCAUAAUGGUAACAAUAACCUAAACAAUAUUGACCUUUAGCACAUUCAUUAUCAGCCGAUUUAGAUACCCAUUCAAAUGCUUUUUUAUAAUCUUGCGUUGUUCCUAUUUCAUGAUAAUAACAUGUACCUAAAUUA